AUGUUGCAAACUUUCAGCUUAGUGCUGCAGGAGGCGAUUCAAAAUAACAUCGUAAAUCAGCUUCCAAAUCUGAUAGCGACAUGUCUUGCGGAUAAUUUUAACUCGGCCAACUUCUCCUCCGAAAUAUUUUCCUCUAAGCCAGGAUUGAAAGAGUGUAUGCAAGAGCAAAUGACAUCUCUAAAAGAAAUUAAACAAGAUAUCGCUUCGAUCCGAGAAUCCCAAAAUUUUCAAUCCGAGAAAUACGAUGAGAUUUUGGUCAAACAAAAAAAAACAGAAGAUAUACUCACACAAUAUGGUAAAAGAAUACGAGAUCUUGAAGACCUCGUUUAUGAUCUCGAAGAAGAGCUAUUCAAUGCCACAGAAAAAAUAGAGGAACAUGAACGGCGUUCAAGACUAGACAACCUGGAAUUUCACGGCAUUGCUCCUAAAGUAAAUGAGGACACAGACAAUCUAGUUAUAGAAAUUGGCAAGAUGAUUAAUGUCGACAUAAAACCUUCUGACAUUUCUAUUACCCAUCGCUGUCCGACUCGCAACUCCAAAAUUUACAAGCCCAUAGUAGCAAAAUUUACUAACCGAAAAAUUCGUGCCAAAAUCCUAAAGAAUCGCCACCUCAUUAAAACUUCUGUCAACUCAACAUCUAUAAGAAACAUAUCAAAAGUAUUUAUUGUUGAAAACUUGACUGACAGAAAUAAGAACCUGUUCUACCAAGCAAAAGUUCGUAAAAAUCAGUGUGGCUAUGCUUUCCUAUGGACUUCUAAUGGAAAAGUGUUGAUUAAAAAGAAUAAAGACACCAACACCUUGCCCAUUGAUGAUGAUGAAGAUUUAAAUAAAAUAAGAUAA